CACUCACUCAGCAAGACAACACCAUCUUAUCAUAAUUAACAUUAGUCUGAGUCUAGCUGCGAUCCACCCCCCGUUCGGUUCGUUGCAACGAGAUUUGACACCUUUCCUCCUUAACACGUCACUCUACACCAACAGUCAUCCGCAACUUAUCACCGCCUCCCUUCCCCGAUCGCAUUCAUUUCACCUGCUGUCUUGUAAUCUCCGUUACCUUUGUGACGUGAUCCUCCUCUCAAGCCCCUCUUGCGACCUCUUUUCCGGCCAACAGCAGAUCAUGGCUGAUGAAACCGCCCCGACCGAGGAUUCACCUAUCACCUUCACUGUCAAGUCCUCCAAUGAUGCCAAAUACACACUCACCCUUCCGUUGUCAACAACAGUGUCGGAUCUAAAAGAGAAGCUCGCAACCUCGGAAUAUGCCGAUACCCCCGCGGAACGUCAGCGCCUAAUCUACUCCGGACGAGUUCUGAAGGACAACGAAACUCUCGCCACCUACAAUAUCAAGGAAGGACAUACCAUCCAUCUAGUCAAGAGCGCUGCCAGUAACCAACGUUCUGGGGCUUCCACCCAGAGUGCCUCUACGUCGGCGCCCACUGGUGCUGCCGCCAAUCCUCCCGCCACCGGGGUGCCUACGAAUCUCGCAGCCGGCACGGGCAACAACCCUCUUGCCGGAUUGACGGGGGCUAGAUAUGCGGGCUUUGCGCAGCUUCCUGGCGCUGGCAUGUUUGGUCCAGACGGCGGAAUGGGCCCCCCUCCGGAUACCGACACGAUGCUGAGCAUGCUCGAGAACCCCCAAUUCCAGUCUACAAUCAACGAAGCCUUACAGAACCCUGCAAUGAUCGAUAUGAUGAUCCAGCAGAACCCCAUGCUGCGCGACAUGGGCCCCGGUGCACGGCAGAUCUUCCAGAGUCCCGAGUUCCGUCGUAUGCUCACGGACCCUAGCUCAAUUCGCCAGAUGGUGCAGAUGCAGAGAGCUAUGGGUGGCGCUGGACUUGGUGGCAGCGCUUUCCCUGCCCCGGGUGUCACUAACACAACCCCCGAAGAGAAUCGCAACACCCAAAACAACAACAAUAACGGUAGCACACCCACCCCCAGCGCUCCGUUCAAUCCAUUCAUGCCCGCGGGCCUUGGUGCCGGCAAUCCCUUCGCUGCUCUCUUUGGAGGAAACCCGGCUUUCGGAGGAGCCCCACCCACCGCAGCCGGCAACACGCCUCAGAACCCGUUCAGUCUUUUCAUGAACCCUGCUCUUUUUGGAGGCCAGGGCGGGCAAGCUGGCCUGAAUCCCCUUGACCCGCAACAGAACCCUUUCCUUCGGGAUCCGGCAAUGCUUCAGCAGAUGAUGCAAGCUAUGGGUGGCGCACCAGGAAAUGCCGGUGCGGCUGGCAGUAAUCCCUUUGCUGCACUUUUUGGGGAAGGCUUUGGAGCUCCUGCUGCUCCCCAAGACAACCGUCCUCCCGAAGAACGCUACGCCGAGCAGCUCCGUCAACUGAACGAUAUGGGAUUCUAUGAGUUUGAGAGGAACAUCGCAGCUCUGCGUCGGUCUGGCGGUAGUGUGCAAGGAGCGGUGGAAUACCUCUUGAGCAACCUUUAG